AUGUCUUCUACCAAUACAUAUCCACAAGAUGAGAAGAGCAAGGCAAAAAGAUACGCCAAACGAGUGACAUACGACAAAGAUGCCGUGCGCAACAUUGUGGACGCCGCGCCCAUUCUGCAUGUUUCCUUCAAUGCACCUCCAACCGAGGACACGGAACCUCAGUUUCCCACUAUCUUGCCGAUGUUAGGAACCACUGCAGACGACGGCCACACUAUUUAUCUACAUGGCUCAUCUGCUGCCCGUCUACUUCGCCUCGGAGCUGGGCAAGAAGCUGAGCUCCCAGUAUGCAUCGCAGCGACCAUCUUGGAUGGCUAUGUGCUCGCUCUGACGCCCUUCAACCAUUCUUGCAACUAUCGCUCUGCUGUGGUAUUUGGGUAUGCCACCAAAGUAGUGGACGCGGACGAGAUGAUGCUUGCUUUGAAAAUCAUAACAGAUCACUUGGUUGCGGACCGCUGGACAAACUCUCGUACACCACCCACAAAGUCCGAGCUCACCGCUACUGGCAUCCUGAGGGUCCAGAUCGACACUGCAAGUGUCAAAGUCCGGAACGGAGGUCCUCAUGAUGACAAGAAAGACUUGAAGGAUGAGGCCACUACAUCCAGGGUAUGGACAGGCGUUGUCCCUGUCCGCCAGAUACUGGGCGAACCAGUGGCUAAUCCCGAGAAUAAGGUGGAACAAGUGCCCGCAAGUGUAAAGUCUUGGAUCGAAGACACGAACAACAUGCGCAAAGAUCAUAUGACCGAGUCAAUGAAAGAGUAA